AAACAGUUUCGGAGAGGAACAGACAUAGACUCACAGGGCAAUGGAUGUUUAUAAAGAAGCACUGAAUUAUCUGGAGUCGUGCAACAUCUCCGUGGAGGAUGAAGUAUACCCUGAACUUGAGGAGGAUGUAUUCCAUGAAGAUUCUUACCUCCACUCACCUCUGCAGUCAGACUGUGUGGACUUACCCGACACACCUACACUGUGCUCUCCAGAGGCCCUGUUGGAGAGGAGGCUUACCGUCCUGAAGGCUAUCCUGGAGAGUGAACAGCUUUACCUCAGCGAACUGGAGACACUGCUCACGCCAAUGAAAGCCUUGAAGGCUUCUGCAGGGACUUCUCAACCAGUCCUGUCGAGCCAGCAGGUCCAGACUGUCUUCUAUCAAGUACCAGAACUCAGAGACCUGCACAGAGACUUCUACACUGGCCUCAGGUCCAGGCUGGAGGCUGGAAUGAGGCCCGGGCCUGGGCCUCAGCCAGACCAGGGAGCUCAAGUAGAACAAAGCCAGAUGGAAACAUCUGGUUUUGUGGGAGAUGAAGCUGGUGGGUCGGAGAUGAAGCUGGAAGGUGGCUUCCAGUUAACUGUUGGGGAUUUGUUCCUGAAAAUGGUAAGCCAGCUGCGUGUGUAUCGAGGCUUCAUAGAUAACUAUGAGAGUGCUGUGGAGAUUGUGAGGAGGUGCACACAAAACAACCAGUGCUUCAGAAAACUGUCACAGAGUAUGAUGUCAUGUAAUGGAGUAGACAAAAUUAGGACUCCUUACACCUUUGAAGCGCUUCUGUACAAACCUUUGGAUCGUAUCACCAAGACGACUUUAGUGUUACAUGACCUGCUGAGCACCACACCUCCAGACCACCAGGACCACACGGUACUGCAGGAAGCCCUGAGACUUUCACGAGGCUUCCUCUCCGGCCUCAACGAGGGCUCACGCUGCAAGCGAGAGGUCACACUCAGCCACGCCAUGCGACGCCAGGUGAUCCGUGAUGGCUUCGUGGUGGAUGUGUGUGAGGGAGGGCGUAACCUUCGUCACCUCUUCCUCUACACUGACCUGCUACUGUGUGUGAAGAUGAAGGGCGGGGCGACAGGUAAGCAGACCUACUACAAGUUUUGUUGGUACCUGCCCCUGGCUGGUCUGAAACUGCAGUGGGGGGCAGAGACGGAGCGAUCGGCCGACACACACCUGCGCAUACAGACCUGGCAGAAGUAUAACUGUUUAACAGUAUAA